UAAAUGCAUCAAUUCGACACAAAUUUCGAACAAGAAAGCUCGAUACUUACUUUGAUCGCUGCUUCUGUCGAAAACGGAGAUAACCGAAGUCUGGCGAUUGCUAGCCAGACUUGUCCUAGCUUUUUACGUUUGAUAGCUAGGCUAGUGAUGGUAGCUACAGAAGCUAACGUUGGAUUAUUGUGAUCCGAGCGGAGUUCAAAUCUGAGUUCUCUUCGUUGCUUAUGUUUCUUUCCGAUACUAGUAAUAAAAUCGAAUUCAAACUUCUAAGGAAAUGUGUUUUUGCAAGCCUGCUCUCCCUCUCACUGUUCAGUACAAAAUGGUGCUGGAUAGCAUGCUACUGGGGAUAAAGGAAAAUGGAAGAAGGUAUUUUAUAGCUCAAGCGCAACGUCAUCCAGUUCACGGCACGUGACAUUUUCUGUUGCGCCUUUACUCUGCGCCAAAGAUGGCUGCACUAGCAGUGGUGGAGACUCCGUCCGGGAGGGAUGCGAUUGCAGAGGGACUACUCGACCUUUUGAAACCAGCUGUCCAGCAGCUUGACCUGCAUGUACACUCUGUGAGGGAGAGCCAAGUGGAAUUACGAGAACACAUUGAUAAUCUAGCCACAGAGCUAUGCAGAAUAAAUGAACACCAGAAGGUGGCACUAGAUCUUGAUCCAUAUGUCAAAAAGCUUUUAAAUGCAAGACGCCGGGUGGUGUUGGUCAACAACAUUCUUCAAAAUGCUCAGGAGCGUCUACGAAGGCUUAAUCACAAUGUAGCAAAAGAGACGGCCCGCAGGAAGACCAUGCUGGAGACUUCUGGAGUGUUUACGCCUCGUUCACCCAACAAACCAUAACUAACUCUUGUUAACCUGAAAUAAAGGUUAGGACACUGGCAGUUUUCCAUGUCUGUUCACUCGCUGAAUUUCAUGUUAUAAUACAAACAAAUGGGUUAAUUCGUUGGUUGUCACAGCUAGAAAUCCAGCGAGCAUUGCUACAUAAAAAGUUGAUGGAAUUAAACAUCAGACUGCACUAGAUAAAUGCAUUUAAUAUGAUGCAAUUAAGGUCAACUUAAUCAAGUUUUUGCUCCUAUUUUUGGAUAUAUAUGUCUUAGUUCGACACGAGACUGCGAUUUCUAUAGGCGAAGUUGCAAUGUUACUGCUGACUUUAAGUUGCCCAUCAUCAUUUGUAAGAAAUAAAUCAUUUUGUCAUGUUUCUAUCCGACUUGUGUAAAACCCUUUCUGCAUUGCCAAGUUCGUAAAGAUCUGACAAAUCUGUAUUUAAGUUUCCAAUUAUUAAUGUGUUUUUUUAUAUUUAUCAUUUAAUUGUAGACUUUUGUACAAGCUUUUGCUUGCUUGAAACAAUAAACAGCUGUCACUUUAAAGUAAUACAAUGCGUAUGUACGGCAUCAAUUCAGGCUAAGAAAAGUGGCAUAGUAAAUAAGUUCUGGUUAUUCUGAUGUGACGGACCAUUUGAACUGUUUCAUGAUCAAAUGAGCUGCACUUACAUGAUAAAAUUGGUUUGUCGCAGAACUGUGAAGUUAAUACUAGAUCUCUGAUGGCAGUAAAAUUGCCUUUUUCCACCUUUAAACUUUAAUAAAAAAUUUAUUUAAUCGUAAA